GCUGCUGAAAAAACAUAUAAUGAUUUAGAUGUAUCAUUAAAAAAAGCUAAUGAACAUAGAAAUGAAUGGUUUGAAGGUGUAUACAAGUGUAAAUUAGAUGAAACGUUAUUCACUAUUAUGGAAAAAAUUGUAAAGGCUGAGGUUCACAGAUUAGUUGUAGUCGAUGAUGAAGAAAAAGUAAUAGGUAUUAUUUCUUUGUCUGAUUUGUUAUUAUAUCUCGUAUUGAAACCCUGUGGAGAGGAGGGUGAUUCUGGUAAUGGUACUAUAUCUGUAAGAGAUCAGGAUUAUCAAAAAUUAUCUGGAUUUGGUAAAAUUGCUUUAGUGGAUGAAGCAUCUGAUGAAAAAGACGAAUAUUCAGAGUACUCAUCAAGAACUGCUGAAGAACAUAUUUCAAAUAUUCAUCAUUGUAUGACUACAGAAGUCAAUGCCACAGAAACUAAGAACACUUUGUCACAUGAUGUAAAUCCAUAAGUUAUUAAAUCCUAAUCUUAUAUUUCUAUACAGGGUGUUCGGAAGUGAAAAUAAACCCAUUUAGAUCAGGGUACAAUUCUGCUCUAAAUAGUUACUCAUCUUCAAAGAAAUUUAAGAUAACUUAGUCACUUUUAAAGAUAUUUCAAUGGAAUUUAAUAAGGGAAUGUUUUUGGGGUAGCUGAAUUUGAAUAUAUUAGUUUUUACCUAAAACAUAGAUAUCGCUAAAAUCACUAAACAAUUUUUUGUUUUUUUGUCAUACUUUUGCUGGUAUAAAUUUCGAGAAAAUUAUGUUUUUUAAAACUCCAUUUUAAUUACUUUUUAAAAAUUAAUUAAAUUCAUACAACUGAAUUAAAUAUUUUUUCAAUUUAUACCAAUUUGUCGCAAUUAGUAAGUGAAAUAUAGCUCUGUAAAUUAAUUUUUGUGAUACUACAUUACAUUAUAUGUAUCAGUAAACACUGAUUUUUUAUGUGCCUUGAUGUAAAUUGUAAAAAAUAUUUUAUUUAGCUACAAAUUUGGUAAAGAAAAAUUUACUUGUAUUAGAUAGAGCACUCCCAAAUACUCGGCUACUAGCAACUGAUGACUGCAAUAAUAAGUUGAAAUCAAUUUUUCUUGGGAACGGUACAUUUUGACAUGUAACAAGUAUACUUUUUUACAAUAAAGUGGGGUUUCAUAAAACAUCUACGUUUCAAACUAUAGAAUAAAAAAACAAAUGAUAAUAAUA